AAAUCCCUUCUACACACAUACUAUACUAUAGCGCAUCUCACUCACACACCGGCAUCCCGAUCAGCUGUCAAACACAGGGGGUAGCGUAAACAAAACAACACACACACACACACACACACACGAUACGACGGGGUUGCGUGAAAAUAAGGGUGCGCGCAGCCAGAGGGUGGUUUUAUCGUGUUUUGUUCGUUGUUUUUUUAUUUUGAUGUGUCAUUCACAAUAUUGACGCGAUUGAUUCGUAAUUAGGAGAAAACGCACCACAAGGCUGCUGCUGCUGCUGCUAGUAUACAAACAAAACCUGUCUGUGUUGAGAAGCGUACGCGCGCGUGCGACAAAGAAAUCGAUCGUAGGAAACAAAGUGUAUCAGCCGUCUUGCGGUCCAGGCCUGGUGUUUUUCCUAAGUGUGGUGCUCUACAUCACCAUACACAAUGCAUGGAGUGUUGAUGGCUCGUAUCGUCAUCAUCAUCAUCGGUAUCAUCCCUUGUGACCGCCGAUAAGAAAGCAGCAAGGCCACGCCACGUCUUGAGCACAUUCCUAGCACAUUCAUCUCAAAUGCACCACCGCCACAGAAGACGGUCGGUGCGAUAUUCCGUGACUGCCACACCAUUGCUUGACCUACGCGAAAGUGUUCUGUGCUUCAAAACGCGGUUUGCAGUGAACUCGGCUUGACAGUGACGACGAUCCGGUAGCGCGUACCGCUCCUGUAUCCCGUGUGUUUUGGUUCAGUGCAAGCGAACGGCAAGAUGAGCUCGGCGGACGAUUUGCUAACGCUGAGCAACGAGACGGUGGGCAAUUCGACCUUUUUUGCGUACAUCGGACAAUACAUUGACUUGGACUACUCGAUAUGGUUGUACCGGUUGCUUACACCGGUGCUGGUUACAUUCCUACUGCCUUGCGCAUUUGUGCUGUUAAUUUACUGUACCAUAUCAUUUCUCUACAUUUACAAGCUGCACAGUCGAUUUAUAUUGCAGGUUUAUAAUGAGGGUGACUUUGACUUCUGGGAUGUGGCGCGAACGCUCGUCGCCGUUGUGUGGGAUGCCCACGGGUGGAUAUUUCACGGCUACGAAGUUUGCGGGUUGGAGAAUCUGCCCGAAACAGGACCGGCCCUCAUCAUCUACUAUCACGGCGCAAUCCCGAUCGAUAUGUAUUACUUUACGGCACGCGUUUACCUGAAGCGGCACCGGCUGAUCUAUACCGUUGGCGAUCGGUUUCUGAACAAGGUGCCCGGCUGGAAGCUGCUGGCACGCGUGAUGAAGAUCAGCCCCGGUACGGUGCAAUCGUGCGCGAGCGUACUGCGCGACGGGAACCUGCUGUCGAUUGCACCGGGCGGUGUGUACGAGGCCCAGUUUGGCGACAGCAACUAUGAGCUGCUCUGGCGGCAACGGGUCGGUUUCGCGAAGGUGGCGAUCGAAUCGAAAGCGCCCAUCAUUCCCAUGUUUACGGAAAAUCUGCGCGAAGGCUUCCGUUCCGUCGGUCUCGCCAAACGGCUCUUCAUACGCCUUUACAAUGCGGUCCGCUUCCCGGUGCGUCCCAUCUACGGUGGCUUUCCGGUCAAGUUCCGGACGCAUCUCGGCGCCCCGAUACCGUACGAUCCGUCCCUGUCGCCCGAGGAUCUGCAGGAAAAGGUGGCGUUUGCGAUCGAGGAGCUGAUCAACCAGCACCAGCGCAUCCCGGGCAGCAUCUUUGACGCACUGGUCGAUCGUUUCAUCACUCGCAAGAAGCAGAAGGCGACAUGAGCCGGCCCGGGGAACUGUUUCCUUACUUACCGUACGGUUACAUGUUUUCCCUGUACUGCUGCUACUGCUGGUGGUAGGUGCUAUUGCUGUGUUGGUGUGUGCUGCAGGACGUACCACACGUGACCGAACAAAGCGACCGGAUGUAUUUAAUAUGUCUGUACUUAAUAGAGUUGUACAAUUACGGAUGAGAUUUAAA